AGCGGCAGCGGCGAGUCUGCUGCGCCGAACAAGGGAGCCGGAACCGGAAGAAAACAAGCGCUGCUUCAGUUUGAUACUGCUGAUCUGUGAAUGAGGAAGAUGGAACAUUUAACAUCAAUAAACUGCGUUAAACUUCUGAUCGUCGCUUUAUUUUACACAUGUGUGUCGUCCAGCUCAGUGGAACAGAAGAUCUAUGUUGAGCUCAACAAUACGGUUCCAUGUGUCCGAUUGCUGAACGCCACCCAUCAGAUCGGCUGCCAGUCAUCUAUAUCAGGAGACACGGGCGUCCUUCAUGUGCUGGAGACCGAAUCAGACCUGGACUGGAUUCUCAGCACAGGACCGCAUCCUCCGUACAUGGUGAUCUUGGAGACGGCCUUCUUCAACAGGUCAGUCAUGAUGAGGAUGAAGAACUCAUCCAGAGUGGCUGGAGUUGCUGUGAUCGUCUCAAAAACAGGCGUUGCUGAUAAUUUCUCGCCUCACACGACCUGCCCCAACCAGAACACAGGUGUGUAUUCAGAGAAAAACGCCCCUGAGCUGGCGAACUGUAACGUGACCGUGUGGAAUCCUUUGGGGAACGGACUGUCCUAUGAAGACUUCGCUUUCCCUGUGUUUGCUCUGAAAGAUGAGAAUCAGACUCAGGUCAUCCGUAAGUGUUAUGAGGAUCAUAACCUGCGUGUGAACGGAAGCGCUCCUCAGUAUCCGCUGUGUGCCAUGCAGCUCUUCUCACACAUGCACGCCGUGACCGACACUGUGACGUGCAUGAGACGCACAGACCUGCAGAACAGAUUCAGCAUCAACCCAGAGGUCCUGUGUGACCCGUUGAGCGAUUUUAACGUCUGGACGUCCACUCGGCCCCUCAACAGCAGCUCCAAGGGCCACGCGCCGAACGAGAGCGUCGUCAUCGCAGCGACACGGCUGGACGGUAGGUCAUUUUUCUGGGAACAGGCUCCGGCGGCCGAAGGCACCGUUUCUGGUAUCGUCACCCUAUUGGCCGCCAUUCAAGCGCUGUAUCCUGUCACUCAGGAAGCUCCGCCCCCUCGCAAUAUCUUCUUCACCUUCUUCCAAGGGGAAGCCUUUGACUACAUUGGCAGCUCAAAAAUGGUGUACGACAUGGAAAAAAAUGACUUUGUUAUCAAUUUGAACAAUGUGCACUCCAUGCUGGAAAUUGGGCAGAUCGGUCUGCGCCAGGGGAAGAACCUCUGGAUGCACUCUGACCCCGUGUCCCGCCGCAACACGAGCGUGGAUGCAGAGGUGUCUGCUUUGAUGAAGAAUCUGAAUACUGCUUCUGCUGGUCUGAAUGUCACAUUGGAUCAGCCGUCGUUCAGUCAGCCGCUGCCGCCCUCAUCUUUCCAGCGCUUCCUGCGGGCCAGACAGAUCCCAGGCCUCGUGCUGGCAGACCAUGAGAUGUCAUUCAACAACAGACACUAUGAGAGUAUGUACGACGACGCAGAGAACAUGAACGUCACAUAUCCGCCCAACCUGAGUCCAGACGAGCAGCUGGUGUACGAGACUGAAGCGGCCAAGUCUCUGGCUGAAGUGGCCACGCUGGUCGCUCGCUCACUUUACAUGCAGGCAGGAGGAGAAAACAAAAGCCUGAGCAGCAUCACCGCCGACCCCAAGAUUGUCGCUCAGUUGCUGUAUGGUUUUCUAGUUCAGAAGAAUAACAGCUGGUUUCGGUCUCUGCUGCCUCCUGAAGUCACCAAGAAAGGAGACAACAGCAUUUUAAGUUCUGGUCCUCCUCAGUUCUACAUCGGUCUCGGUCCUCGCAUCCACGGCCCCGUUCACAGUGUCACACGCUUCGUUCAGUACAUUCUGGCUAAUCUGACGGGAAGCGUCACCAACCUCACAGAGAGCGAGUGCCAGAAUCCCAGCGAGGUCCACACUGAGAACAAAGACUUUUUCUCGUAUUUCUGGGUGUCGGGUCCGGCGUCGGUGAACGGCACAGAAGAGCCGUUCUGCGUGCGGGCGUCUGUGCGUCUGUCCAAAGCCGUCUCUCCUGCCUUCGAGCUGCUGCAGUACGGCUCUCGAGAUUACUCCACAUGGACAGAGUCUCGCUGGAAGAGCAUCCGAGCGCGCAUCUUUCUGGUGGCCAGCAGAGAACUCGAGAUGUUAACACUGGGGGUGGGCGUGGCCGUGCUGCUGCUGUCUCUAUUGGUGACGUACUUCAUCAGCUCUAAGGCGGAGCUUCUGUUUAGCUCCGCCCGUGAAACGCCCACUACGACCUACUGAACAAAACCAGAGUCCAGAAUCUCCAGCCGCUCAUUUCUUGAUUCAUUCAUUUCCCUUCAACACAGAAACACUUCAGUUGACGAGUAAUUUAUUCAAACCUGACGGGAUUCUUGUUGGUUUUGCUGCACUGGUUUUAGCUGGGCUGGUCUGAACUGGUCUGGACUUUCCUGGAAAGUUGUUCAUUUUUUUUUUUUUUUUUUUUGUUUUUUUUUUUUGUUUGUUUUAUAAUUCCAGAUGUUUUUUUCUGAUCAUGAUAUGGAUGGGCACAAAACUAAAAGCUGAUUUUAAGUGUUUAAUGAUGAGAAUAAGUGUGAGUGAAUGUUGACAGAAUGUUGUCUGUGUGUGUGUAUGUGUGUGUAUGAAUAUAAAUGCAGUGAGAAUGUGCAAUAGCUUACUGAAUUAAACUUCAUCUCUGUGGAUUUUUUUUAUUUGGGAAUGUAAAACUGUCCGUUCGGUCGUAACCGAGCAGGACGUGCGCAAAUAAACUCCAAACACAGACUGUCCUUAAUGAAUCUGUCAUCAUGUUUCCAGUCGAGAGACGUGGAGCUUUAAACAACCAAAUUAACUGCGUUUGUUUGUUAACUCGAGUUGAAUGAAAGCUGUUUGAUCAAUGAUGUCAUUAUUUUCUCUGAGAAACUGAUGCCUUGAGAAUCUGAAUAAACAUGACUUUCUUUUCCAGUUUUAUGCUGCUUUGACUGCUUAAA